AUAGAGAGUUAUAAUAACUGAGACUUUGUACUGAAAUGGUUGAGUGCUCGUGUGUAUAUGCUGAAUUUGCCUUAUAAAUAUUGGAAUGUGUAUAACCUUCUAAAUAUAAACACGGAAAAUAUGUUACCUGUUAAGUAAAUAUAAAGUUUAAUACACCGAGAAUAUGAUUUACAAGCGAUAGCAUAUGAAUAUUUUUAUUUUCUGUUUUAUUUAAAGAAAUGUUCAGACAUUACAGGGAUGACUUAAAUACAAUUGUCAUUGUUGUUGUUGUUUUGGGCGGAUGUAUCUCUAUUGUAAAUACAGUUGACGUACGCCUGAAAGAUGGACAAGCGGAAAAUCAAGGGCGAGUUGAAGUGAGAAGAAAUGCUAAUGAAACAUGGGGGAAGGUUUGUGAUUACAAUUUUGGAGAAGAGGAGGCGUCCGUUGUCUGCAGGCAAUUAAAUUACAAAUAUUCUCGAAGAGAUGAAAAUGUUUAUAUUCCUGAAUACCCAGAUUAUCGACUUGAAAACUUCAAAUGUAAUGGGAAUGAAAGUAAAUUUGAUGAAUGCAUUGAAAGAGAGUGGAAAACCGGUACAGGAAUAUGUAACGUAAGAUCAAAUGCUUACGCCAGCGUAUGUUGUUCAAAUUCACCGACAUUUGGAGAGAUGCAUGAAGGCAUGUUUGUGAGUCACUGUGCAGAUAGUUGGGUUGAUGCUGAAGAAAUAUGUGAAGGAAAGGAAGCGACACUCGCAACUUCAGGCGAAUAUAAGAACAUUCUUGGGUCUGUUCAUAAACUCAAAGAAAAUGAGAACAAUGAAAACAAAGGCUACUGGACAAGGAGUUUCUUUACGCCAUGGAUAUGGUCAAAUGGUUGCUACCAGUUCAAUGAGGAGACUUUUGUAUUUCAAGAGUUCAAUUUAGAAAACAACACUGCUCAGGCUUGCCUUCAGAUGUGUAGCAUAGCCUCAGAACCAUCAGCGUUCCUUCUUUCUGGACAGUCUUGCCGCUGCAUGCCAACUGAAUCGUUGAAAUCCAAUAUAAGCGAAGUAUUCCCGGGAUGGUGCAAUAAAAAAUGUUUAGGGGAUUCUUCCUAUUUCUGUGGGUCUGGCGUAUCUGGUUCCGGCACGUACUGGAGUCUUUAUACUAAAGCAUCGGAAGAUAUUUUCUACAGGAUAUCAGACCCACAAACAUACCAAUACAAACAAUGUGCUAUUUUGGAAACAUCUACAAAACUAUCAUCCGAAAACUGUUAUAAACGUGUGGGCUACAUCUGUGGACAGAUUUUGCAAGAGAAUAAUACAUUACCAAAGCUUAUGUUUUUCCAAAAUAGCCGAUUUUAUGAAGUGAUCAUGCUCGAGGCUCGUGCGAAAUGUACUAGUGACGACAGUACGAUGCGGUUGAUUGGCGAGAAAGUCCUUGAUCCAGAUGUGAUAUUUUCCCAACCAUUUGACAACCUUUGGGUUGAUAUUUCAAGGAUACUUGCAGACGUAUAUACAAUUUACUGGGAACCAAAAAAUCGUGGAGAAACUAGUCUAUGGAGAAACUUGGAACCCGGAUGGUGUAUGGCUACGCGUCAAAGAGACAUCUAUUUAUCUGAUGAAAUCACAGCCUGUCAAACCAAGUUCAGAUAUAUUUGCUCAAUAAAUAUGAAGAAAGACCAGACAUCAUCAUCAAAUGGAAGUUCCUCCCAGAACGCCAAUGAUACAGGUACAGGGUACAAUCAUAAUAACAGUAUUACAGAUGCUCAUGACAAUGAUAUUACAAGUUUACACGUGAAUCUCGUGCAGGAUGACAACAGCUCACAAACAACGGUUAUCAUAGCAGUGGUAUGUGGAGUAUUGAUUGGGAUAACGAUCGUCGUGUUAGCGUUACUUUACAGAAGAUACAAAAACAAAAGACAGAGCGAUCAGAAAGAACGAGAAAGUCAGGACGUUCAUGUACCACAGAACGAAUAUACUGCAUCUAUACGUAUAAACAAAGCAUCAGAACAUAUCUAUGCAGAAAUAAAAACCUCAUCUGAAAAUAUUUAUCAUGAAGCUGAUGCGCUGUUAGAAGAUCCAGGUGCAAACGAAAGUUCAAAUACUAAUAAAGCGUCCGGUGACAUAAAUGAACAAGACAAAGAGCCCGUGAACAUGAAAAGGAGUUAUUCUAGUCCAAAGGACCUAACGACCUUAACUGAAGGAUCAGAGAAUCAGGAUUUCAAAGAUCCAAACUAUAUUUAUCCAUAUGAUAAAGUCCAAAGAUCUGAAAUUAACAAAGAUUCUUCUGGAGUUGAAGACCAGAAAGCCCAUGAAAUGGGUAAAAAUGAGAUUACGAAUCAGCAUAAUAAAAACACAGUCGUUUGAUAUCAACCUGUGCAACAAUGACACACCACCACCUUCUUUUAAAACUUUGCCGUUUUAGAUAUUUUAUGUUAUUAAGAGAUAUUGAUGACAGGAAAAGAAAUGCACUAUAGCACAAUUAAAAUUUAUUAGUGUUAUUAGUGUGAUUGAGAAAUUAACUGUAUCAUAGGUACAACGUAAACUAAACUUAUAACUUCACUUUAGAUGUUCAAAAAGAAUUCCAGCAUAUUGAUAACAUGGUUAUUUAAAUCCACAAUCUAUACACGACGUUUAUCUUUUCAUGAAUAAUAUCAUAACACCUGAAGCAUGCGGCGAGUGUCACUAGUUCCCCUGCCGAACAAUUGUAUUAUGUCCUUUUUCUUUAUUAUGGCAUUUAGGAUGACUGUCUCUUACAUGUGCCUUUGGAAAGUUUUUUACUAAUGGAUUUUAUAGAAUAACGAAUACUAUUCUAAAUUCAAAGAAAAAAAAAGUUUAAAAUCAAUGUGAACAGUUGUGAAUCAUUUUAAAAAUGGUUCAAAACUCUUCAAAGCCCGAGAUCGAAUGACGUCACAGUUUUCUUUAUUUGAUUUUGGUUAGGUUGCAGUUUUCAACGUUACAUAGAGAUGUAGUAUUCUGUUGUUGGUCAUUAAGGAUAAUAUGUUCAAUGUUGUUACCUAAGAGGGUAAAUGCAUGCUGUUCAUUUUGCUUCAUUCUAUACAAGGAAUGUAUGAGCUUGAAAUAAACAGAAUUUAGUUCUUGA